GAUUCAUACCCAAUUUUCCUUAUUUUGUAAUGCCAAAACCGACAAUUACUAAAAAGUGGCAGCAAAAAAGAGCAGAGGUAGCUCGUUCUGCAUGUGCAUCUUACUCUCUUGUUGACCUUGAUUCAAGUGAAGAAUACCUUGAUUCUAGUGGCAAUUCAGACGAAAGUUCAGAUGAUAAUUUUAUAAAGCUGAACAACCUUGAUAAUGUGAAUAUAAUUAUUGAGCAACUUCAUGCGGGUAACGAUGAAUUAGGUGACGAAUUAGAUGAAGAAUUGGACCAAAAAAAAAAAAAAUUUCGUAGCGUAAUUGAAUUUGUAGAAGAAGUAUUGAAUGAUGAAGUGCUCUCAACAACCGAGAAGGCUCGUUAUCUGGCAGUUCUUUAUUUCCUUCAUUUAUGUUUGCAAGGUCAAAAAAAAUCGAAGCAUCAAAAACAAUCGCAGACAUUGUUAAUGAAAGGUUUAUAUGCAGAUGGGCAUGAGCGCCCUGAUGUCAUCGAAUACUGCCAAACUUUUCUCCUAGAGGAACAUAUAUGGGUAACACAUAAUAAAACCACCUUUUAUGUUUAUAAUAGACCGCAUUCUGUGUGGGGUUCAGAAGGAGAACAGCCAUUGAGAAAAAAAAGGCUGGGUGCUGCUAUGCACAUAAGCGACUUCUUAACAGAAACUAUAGGAUCACUUAAAGAUGAUCAGGAAGAAGCACGUGUAAUGAUGAACUCUGAAAAACUCCUUGAGCAAGUAAAAUGGGUGGUUAAUAUUUUUGAGCAAACACAUCUAGGAUGUGUAGGUGUAUUUGCCUUUGACAAUAUCAUAUCUCAUAAAGCAUUUUCUGAGAAUGCGCUUGUGGCUUCAAAAAUGAAUCUUGGUCCAGGUGGUUUGGCUCCAAAAAUGCACGAAACUAUGUGGAAUAGUAGUCGUCAGUCAAUGAUCAUUGAGAAUGAUCAUUUUAUUUAUGACAAAAAAAAAAAAACUUAUGUGAAUUUGCAUGGGCAGCCUAAAGGAAUCCAAUGGGUUCUUAAUGAAAGAGGAUUAUGCCAGGAUGGUAUGAUGCUUGAGUGUAUUUCAUGUAAAAAAAAAGAGGCAGAUUCAAAUAUUAUUGAUUGCUGUAUGCAUCGGUUAAUGGCUAACCAGCCUGACUUUUUUGAGCAAUGUAGUCAAAUUCAGCAAGAAAUUGAGUCUUGUGGACAUAAG